AGUGAAGCUUAGAUCGUGCAAAAUAUCUACGUUUGUGUUGAAUGUUCUUUCAUGCUAUACCCUCAAGCGAGGCGGGGUGAUACGGUGCGUAAGUAAGCGGUGUUACGUUGCCACACGUUGUCACGCUCGUGUGGCACUUGGUGCGUUGAAAUCAUAGCGCCCGAGUGGCAUCGCUGUAAGUUAACUUACUUCGAUCUUCGCUGUUUAAAUCUUUAUUUUAUUUUAAACUUAUUGUCAUAUUGAUACUAACAGGGAAAGACAACGUGCUUUGGAAGAAUCUCUGAAGAAAGACAAACGCACAGGAUGCUAUAUUCCAAAGCUGGAUCCCUUUUCGCCUGAGAUCAUGGUGUUUAAUAAGAAUCUACCCCAAAUUGUAUGCAAUGACCUGGAUUGGGUCAAAUGUCACCUCAGUGAAUGCGCGGUAGUCCCGAGUAUAUUGAGUUCAGCUAGGGAUAUAAAAUGUCACUUUUACAAUAUCAUUCACAAGACCGAUCGUGACUACUACGUUGACUCAAUAUCCACAAUGAUCACUGGCGAUGAAGUCUUCACACUUAAAAAUUCAGAUAAUGUGAAAGUUAGGUGCACUGGUAGAGCUUUGGCCAAUGACCGCCUAUUGAAGUGGAUAGGGGUGGUCUCCGGUUUGCGGUCGAAGGUAAAGUCUUUGGGUUCUCCACCUGGCCGAGAAAACACCAUCAAUGUGCUGAUGUUCGGUUACGAUUCUACGUCCCGAAAUGGUUUUAUCAGGAAGAUGCCCGAGAGUUAUGAGUAUUUGAAGAAUGAUUUAGAAGCCACUUUUUUGACUGGUUACAACAUCAUAGGAGAUGGGACUACUUGGGCACUACACGCUUUAUUGACUGGCAGGAAUGAACUGGAUUUGCCCGAGGCCCGAAAGCGCUUUGUCAAAACGUUCUUAAAUAACAGCGACUUCAUUUUCCACAAACUCAGAAAAGAUGGUUACCGUACCGCUUAUUAUGAAGAUUCGCCAAACAUGGGUACGUUUCAACUUCGGUUCCAAGGGUUCGCUGAACAGCCUGCCGACCACUACCUACGCGACUUCUACUUUGAGCUGUCCAAACUAAGUACUGACAAACAAAACGAAUUCUGCGUUGGGGACACCCCGUCGUAUACGUUUUUGAUGAAUAUUACUCAACAGUUCUUCACGCAAGAUGGCAAGAAGUUUUGCUUUACGAAGGUUGGUGACAUGUGUCACUACGACUUCAAUCUGCUUGCAUCUGCCGAUAAGGACUUCGUCAAAUUUCUGCGUUGGUUCAAAGAAACUGGACGGCUUCAGAACACGCUGCUGAUGAUCUUUGGCGAUCACGGUGUUAGACGUACGGACGUGCGUGCCACCUAUCAGGGCAAAAUGGAAGAACGUCUACCCUUAAUGGCAAUAGUAUUACCAGAACAACUAAUAAAAAGUCGGCCAGAAAUAAAGUCAGCAUUAAAAGCAAACGCAGACAUUCUGACAACGCCUUACGACAUUUACAACACUGUUCUAGACGCGGUUGAUAUGACAGAUCACUGGAUUACUUACAAAGUAAAGGGCGCUGAUUUACCUAGAGGUUUGACGUUAUUUAGGCCGAUUCCUAGCACCAGAUCAUGCAGUGAAGCCGCAAUAGAAAACCGCUGGUGUACGUGCCACACUUGGCAGACUAUCCACUCGUCCAACAAGAGGUAUCACCUUGCUGCUGCUGCGUUGGUUGACCAUAUCAACGAUGUCACGAAGUCCAUCAGGUAA